UCAUGAUCGAAUACGGUCGGUAACCGUUCUGGGCGCACGCGUGCUUUCUUCGAAUUUCCCCUGACAACGAGUGGCUCGACUACUGGCCAUAACAAAUAUUCCCGCCGUCGUCGUCGUCGCCGUAAACAUAGUAACCCGAAGGAUGUUUUUUUCUUUCGCAAACAAUCAAAAGAUCUCCCAUCGCUGAAGAGAAAGUUUCUCUUAUCAAUCGUCCGCAAUCUAUAGGAAACAUCCCGCUUGUCCUCGUGCCGGUUCAAGGUAGUGAAGUAAUGAAUGCAAUCAGCAAGCACCUCAGUAAGAGUACCUCGGUCACCAACUCACUGCUGCCGGAGUCUAGUUCCAGUACGGAAAGCAGUAGCAGUAGCAGCAACUGGGACAAGACCGACUACAGUUCCUUCCGGUCGGAGAAACUUUCCAACGGGGAUGAAGACGCGUUAAGUUCGAUUUCCGGGUCAUCUUUGUCGUCCUCGCCGCGCCGAGGGCCACCCCGGUAUGCUGAUGGCUUUCAGGUGGAAAUUUUGAGCUCCGAACCGGAAGACUUUGACGAGAGUGGUCAUCUGUUCCACAUGGACAUAAUGAAGACUAGCCUGAGCGAUAUAUCUUUGCCGUCAUCGCGUAAAAUACCGACCGUGAAGCCAAAGAAUCCUCAAAAUCUAUCAUUCACGCGGGACCGCGUACGGGAGAUUGAAAGACACAACCAGCUUUUAUUGCAGAAAAUCAUGACCACGAAGCCAACAUUGAGCACCAAACCUAAAAGCAGUGUGAUGACUAUGAGUACGCCCUCAACUAACAACUCAAGGACCACAAGUGCAGCAGUCAAUCGCAAAAAGAAGCAACGUCAAAUUGAUAUCGACAAUCAGCUUCUUCGUAAGAAACUUGAGAAAAUCGAGCGAUCGCGUCGUAACGCAUGGUGAAGCGGUAGCGUUCUCUAUUUUCUUUUCAUUUCUCGAACAGGGUAUGUUCUAAAAUAGAGUAUAUAUUUUUUAAAUAAUGAAGAUUUAAAGACAAAAUAGAAGAUGAAUAAUCGAAUCGAUUAAAAUUUGAAAACAAUCAAAA